AUGGCCAAAGAGCGCACAAUCCUCAUCACCGGCUGCUCUGCCCAGGGCCUUGGCGCCGUCCUCGCCCUCACCCUCGCCAAGCAGGGCCACCACGUCUUUGCCACCGCGCGGGACACAUCCAAGAUCCCCUCGGAGCUUAGCAGCCUGCCAAACGUGUCGGUCCUUUGCCUCGACGUCUCAUCCACGGCGUCCGUGGCGGAGGCUGCAAGGGUGGUUGAAGACGCCGGGCACGGGCUUGACGUGCUGGUGAACAAUGCGGGAUUCGGCUACACGAUGCCCAUUUUGGAUGUGGACAUUGACAAGGCGCAGGAGCUGUAUAAUGCAAACGUCUGGGGGACGGUGAGGACUGUGCAGGCGUUUGCGGCGCUGUUGAUUAAGAGGAAAGGCCGGGUUGUGAAUGUGAGCUCUGUGGGCGCCGUUGUUAACACUCCCUGGAUCGGAACAUACGCUUCUUCCAAGGCCGCCGUUAAUGCCAUCUCCGAGACCCUGCGGCUGGAGCUUUCUCCCUUUGGCGUGAGCGUCGUGACCAUCAUGCUGGGCACCGUGGCCACGCCGUUCCAUGCCAACGAGCCAACGCCCGAGCUGCCCGCUGCUUCGUACUACUCCACCAUUCUUGAUACAAUCACCCAGUGGGCCAAUGGCCAGGCGGGUCCGAAAGGCGGACCGGUGCAGGACGUUGUCGAUGCCAUGAUUCCGGAUAUCGUGGCAGAAGGUCGCAACGGCGUGGUAUGGAGAGGGGCAAACAGCACUGCUGUCUGGUUUGGAUCGCGAUGGCUGCCAGGGAGGAUACUGGAUGGCGCAAUGUCUAUGGGGCAAGGCUUGGCUGAGCUGACCAAACGUUAUGCCGCAUCUUGA